AAUGGCGUCUUCUUCCUUGGGGUGAGACAUGGAGGCGCCCAUUCCUCCUCCGGCUGCCGCCGGGGAGACGAGCAACAACGGCAGGCGGAAGAGGCGGCGGCAGGCGAGGGAUGUGCUCCUGGAGGAAGCCAUCGACGAGGCUGGGAGCCGGCUGGCGGGCCGAGGUAAGAGCAUCCGAGCCCUCCGGCAGCAGGCCAAGAACCGGAGCUACGACGAGACUCUCAUCGACCAGAUGUUUGAGAAGCAGCUGGGAGCGCUCAGGAAGAAGAAGCGGCCCGUGGACGUGGACAAAGAGGUGGAUGUGGAGGCGAUGAUUGGAGCUGCAAUAGGCUUCCCCAGGGAGUCGCUGACGGAGGAGGAGAUUGAGGCGGGCGUGGUGGCGACGCUGGGUGGCGAGGAGCAGGCCAACUACGUGAUUGUGCGCAACCACAUCCUUGCGCGCUGGCGGGACAAUGUCAACGCGUGGCUGAGCGAGCAGAGGGUGAUGGAGUCGAUCCGGAGCCAGCACAAGAGCCUCGUCUCCGCGGCCUACACCUUCCUGCUGUCGUAUGGCUACAUCAACUUCGGGGUGGCUCCGGCCAUGCGGGCCGCCAUCCCUGCCGAGGCCACCAGGUGCUCCGUCGUCAUCGUCGGCGCGGGCCUCGCCGGCCUGGCUGCGGCCCGCCAGCUUCGAGCCUUCGGUCACAAGGUGGUGGUGGUGGAAGGCAGGCACCGACCCGGGGGCAGGGUGUACACCAAGAGGAUGGAAGGCGGAGGCCAGGUUGCGGCGGCGGACCUGGGUGGCAGCGUCGUCACCGGCAUGCAUGGCAACCCGCUCGGGGUGAUUGCAAGGCAGCUGGGCCUCCCCCUUCACAAGAUUCGCGACAAGUGCCCGCUCUACCAGCCCGGCGGUGCUCCCGUCAACGAGGAUGCCGACCUCAAGGUGGAAGGCCAGUUCAACAAGCUGCUGGACCUGGCCAGCAAGUGGAGGGAAGAGAUGGACAAGGUGUCGGACAGCAUUGCGCUGGGGACGACGCUGGAGCACCUGAGGCACCAGGGGGACGUGGCCCGUGACCCGCAGGAGAGGCAGCUCUUUGACUGGCACCUUGCCAACCUUGAGUACGCCAACGCCGGGCUGCUCUCCAAUCUCUCGCUCGCCUACUGGGACCAGGACGAUCCGUAUGAGAUGGGUGGCGACCACUGCUUCGUGCCGGGUGGGAACGUGAGGCUGGUUGCGGCCCUUGCGGAAGACGUGCCCGUGUUCUACGGCAAGACCGUCCACACCAUCCGCUACGGCAGCAGUGGCGUCCAAGUCCUCACCGCGGACCAGAUCUUCGAGGCGGACAUGGCCCUGUGCACCGUGCCUUUGGGAGUGCUCAAGAAGAGGUCCGUCACCUUUGAGCCGGAGCUCCCUCCCAGGAAGUACGACGCGGUGGACAGGCUCGGCUUCGGUCUGCUGAACAAGGUGGCCAUGCUCUUCCCUGUUGCCUUCUGGGGAUCCGAGCUCGACACUUUCGGGCAGCUGACCGACACGCCUGCCAGGAGGGGCGAGUUUUUCCUCUUCUACAGCUACGCGGCUGUGUCUGGUGGCCCUCUUCUCAUUGCCCUGGUGGCUGGCGAGGCUGCAAUCAACUUCGAGCGAAUGCCGCCCCUGGAAGCUAUCCAGCGUGUUCUGGGAGUGCUUCGAGGUAUCUAUCAACCCCGCGGGGUGGUGGUUCCGGAUCCGAUUCAGACGGUGUGCACGCGCUGGGGGAGCGAUCCUCUUUGCUUCGGGUCAUACUCCAACGUAGCCGUGGGUGCGUCCGGGGAAGACUACGACAUACUGGCGGAGAGCGUCGGAGGCCGCUUAUUUUUCGCAGGUGAAGCCACUACCCGACGCUACCCAGCCACCAUGCAUGGAGCCUUUCUGAGUGGCUUGAGGGAAGCUGGUAACAUUGCAGCUCAGGCUGCGGCCAGGGGCUCACCAGUCCAGGUGCCACGCAAGGACAUCCAAUCGUAUGCCACGGUGUUGUCGGACAUCUUCAGGGAGCCCGACGUCGACUUCGGCAACUUUGCGGUGGUGUACGAUCCCAGCUCGCAGGAUCCGAGCUCUUGCGCUUUGCUGCGGGUGGUGAUUGGAAACAAAACCAAGGCGAGGCCGGGAGAUAGCACGGAGCAGCCCAAGCCGCAACCCCCGCCGCUCCACCUCUACACCAUGAUCACGCGUCAGCAGGCGCUGGAGCUGCGGGAAGUUCGCGGGGGUGACAAAAAGCGACUCCUCUACCUAUGCAGCAGGGUAGGCGUCAAGCUGGUGGGGAGAAGGGGCCUUGGCAGCCGGGGGGACGCCAUCAUCGCUGCGCUCAAGUGGUCUCGCUCCACCAAGGAUCCAGCAGCGGCGCAGGUGGCGGCUAAUGGUAGCAAAACAACUUCCACCACCCCAGCAGCAGCAUCAGGAACAGCAGCAGCAGCAGCACCAGCCAAUGGAAGCUGACGGAGUUGCGUUUCGUUCAACCGAGCCACGAAAUUUUGGUGGCUUGUAAUACACCAUAGACAGCGUGAGUGCAAUAAAAAUGAAAUUCUUUUUUGGA